GGCUCCUGAAACUAAAAAGGCCAAUAUCUUGGAUAGUCCAUUUUCAAAAUAAAAUAAAAUGCCAGCUGGCAUUAGUAUUACAGCAAAAAUCCAAACAAAAGGUAUCCAAAAUAUUUCAUUUCUUCGAUUUUUCCUCCUCCUUCCUCUUCCUCUCGACGACAAGAAGAUAGAAAAAAAAAAAGAGGUUAAACUAUCACCGAAGACCUUCCGCGAAGAUCGAAGAAUCAUCUCGAAACGUUCUCCGAUAAUUCUUCGGACUAAUGAAUUAAGAAAAAAUCUGAGUUUAUAAUAUAGCAAUUUGAGUCGUGAGAAAGAAAAAAAGAUAAUGGCUUGUAGAGGUUGUUUGGAGUGUUUGCUGAAGUUACUCAACUUUCUGCUGGCUAUUGCUGGACUCGGCAUGAUUGGUUAUGGAAUCUACUUAUUUGUGGAGUACAAGAGAGCAACAGAUAACUCUCUUACAUUCACUCCUAUAAACGGCGACCAAAGUUACGUCUCUUUCGGGAGGCCCAUGCUUAUGGCUGUGGCACUAUCUUCGAAUGUCUUUGACAAUCUUCCAAAAGCUUGGUUCAUAUACUUGUUCAUUGGUAUCGGCGUGGCUCUGUUUGUUAUCUCAUGUUGUGGCUGUGUUGGUACUUGUUCAAGGAGCGUCUGCUGCUUAUCUUGUUACUCUCUGCUUCUGAUCUUGUUGAUCUUGGCUGAGCUUGGAGCUGCAGCGUUUAUAUUCUUCGACAAUAGCUGGAGAGAUGAAAUUCCUUCUGACAGGACUGGAAACUUCGAUACGAUAUAUAAUUUCCUGAGAGAGAACUGGAAGAUUGUAAGAUGGGUUGCUCUAGGAGCAGUUGUUUUCGAGGCUUUGCUUUUCUUGCUUGCCCUAAUGGUUAGAGCAGCUAAUUCACCAGCAGAGUAUGACAGUGACGAUGAGUUUAUUGCUCCAAGGCAACAAAUCAGGCAGCCAUUCAUCAACCGCCAAGCCACCCCUGUCACCGGUGUCCCGGUUGCUCCUACUUUGGACCAACGCCCGAGCCGCAGCGAUCCUUGGAGUGCACGUAUGAGGGAAAAGUAUGGGCUUGACACAUCAGAGUUCACAUACAAUCCUUCAGAGUCACACCGGUUCCAGCAAAUGCCGACGCAGCCAAAUGAAGAAAAGGGCCGAUGCAACAUCAUGUGAGUCCAUGUUAAAAAAGUCUUCACUCAAUUCUCUUUUUUCAUGUUUCUUCGUUCAGUGUGGAACAAUCAGAGGGUGUCAGUGAAAAUUAGAGGUUUGUUUCUAAGACCCGGAUCUUAUUGUUGUGUCUGUGUAGUCUUUUGUAAGGGAUUCACCAUCAUGAAUAUUCAUCUUGGUUUGUCUGAUUCGGUCCUAUAAUUCUUAUUAUAUGUAUAAUUCAUCUACUUCAUCAUGUCAUCUAAUUUUUUAAGACGUGUAUUGUUUCUCAACGUUCUUUCUUAUUCUAUAUUAUAAAACCAUAGCCAAUAAUAAGGUAGAUUAGGU